CAGCCAAGACACCAACAUUUUCUACCGUCGCACGGAACACGGACGAUAGCGUCAGUGUUGACCAGGCCCUGUCCCUCGCACCCGCAACAGGUACUCCGGUGUAGCCAUCCGUUCUCUCCAUGCAUGUCUGGUCCAUCUCGAAGAUAGCUGCGGGGUACAGACAGGGCCGGUCUGUGGCUAAUUCUUCCGAACGCCACCAUGCAUGGGAGCGGCACGAAGGAUCUUUUCCCACGAGUUGGGUGUGUUUCAAAGUGGACGGCUCAAGGCGUCCAUGCUGCCACUGGCCGUCGAUGUUGAAAGAAAAGGGCGGUUUCCGGUCAGACAUUCGAAAUAGGUAUGUCGUGGACUGGAUCGAGGACGGGAAGAAAAUUCUUUUAGCCACCUGUACAGCCUCAGGGGCACGGCAACGUUGUCCAUAUGGCGAAUCACCCAUUCACACCCUGUCUCGCUGCUGGGUCACUCCCCACUGCUCGGGAUCCAGGACGGGCUCUAGACAUUCUUCGGGUCAGAUUCUGGAGACAAAUCUCGUCGCGCAUGGAAUUUUCCCGGGUAUUUUGAGUAACUGGGGCGUCGACGGCUCAGCAGCGAGUAUCUCCAUCGAGACCCGAAGAUGGAAUGGAGAAAAGAAUCUAAUUAUAACCAACAACGCGGUCUAGAUGAAGGGAGGAUCGUUAAUGUUCACAAGGAUGCAUAGGGCCCGUCCUGACUCAGCGGUUCCUACGCGCUGUCUGGACCAAUCAGAAUAGGGAUCGUCGCACCGUCAUUUCGCGCGUUCCAAAUUCACCUCCAAUCAUCCUUCAUCUCUCGACUCUCCCAAAUUAAAUUAGAUGAAAUGGAUGUGUCUCUCAGUCUGCAAUGGUGAGGAUUCGCCUCGACUGAUCGUCCCGUCCCAAUUAUCCAGCGAAUGAUGACACUGGGAAUGCUCCAGCUGCCCCCUCCUCCAUACCACAGUGGAGACCGACCAUUCUCCGGCCGCUCAUCGGAUACACGCUGCUCGCUACGCAGACUA